UGCUAUUCCAUGUUAAAUUGUUGUAUCUAAGUAUUUUCAUCUUCUUUAAAAGUAGUUUAGUAAUCAAGUAAAUUUACAACUGUAAACUGACAUGAAUUCAGGUAUGUUUCCUCAAUCGCAGUUCGAAACAGGCCCAAAUUCCUCUUCCAUCACUAACAUUUUCCACCAUUGUUGCAACUCAAAGAAUCUCAGAGCCAUUAAAGUAUUUCAAGCACACCUAAUUAGAACUGGGUUAAUCUUCAUCUCCACUAAUUUUCAGUUCAAACUUGCAACUUCACUUCCCAACAACAACCACCACCAUGUACAGACCUUCACCAACUUCUUCAAAUUCCUCAAACCCACAAACCCUUUGCUCUUAAAUUCAAUUCUUUCCCAUUUUUCCCAAAAUGGGUUUCAUUCUCUUGCUCUUUGUACAUUCUCUUUCAUGCAUUUUGGUGGUAUUGGCAUUGAUUCAUACACGUUGUGUAGCUCCAUUACAGCUUCAUCUGCUGUGAAAGAUGUGAAAUUUGGGCGAAUGAUUCAUACCCUUGUGCGGAAAUCGGGUUGGUUUUCUAGUGUUUAUGUGGGGUCUGCUUUAGUGGAUUUGUAUGCGAAGUCGUUGUGUAUCAAGAAUGCAGCUAAGCUGUUCGAUGAAAUUCCUGUGAAGAAUACAGUUUGCGUGAAUGUAAUUCUUUCAGGUUAUGCUGAAGCUAAGAUGUGGAUGGAGGGAAUGUCAUUGGUCAGGAAGAUGCCAUGUUUUAAUUUAUGUUUGGAUAAUUUCACUUUUUCAGCUGCUUUGCGUGCUUGCGUUGGGCUCUCUGCAUUUGAAUUGGGAAAGCAGAUUCAUGGAUGUGUAAUUCGAAAAGUUCAUGACAUGGAAUCCAAUGAGUUCCUGCAAAGCUUGUUGAUUGAUAUGUAUGGCAAAUGUGGGUCAGUGGAGAAGGCUAGGCAUGUAUUCGAUAUGGUUGGCUUUAGAUAUGGAGAAAGAAAGAGGGAUGUUGUUCUGUGGACAUCAAUGCUCAGUGUUUGCGGAAGGAAUGGGAAAUUUGAAGAAGCGAUUAAUCUGUUUGAUGACAUGGUAAUGGAAGGAAUCAAACCAGAUGGUGUAGCAUUGUUGACUGUUCUCUCCGCUUGUAGUCACACUGGCCAUGUAAAUCUUGGAAUGCAGUACUUCGAAUCAAUGACAUCUAAUUACAGUUUGGAACCCAGUCCUGAGCACUAUAGUUGUGUGAUUGAUUUACUGUGUCGUGCAGGUGAGUUGGAUAGAGCAUGGAGCUUAAUCAACGACUUAUCUUACAAAGACAAUGAUAAUUUCACUGUUACCAUGUGGGGGGCCUUGCUUAGUGCCUGCCAUAACUUUGACAAUGUCGAACUAGGUAAAUUAGCUGCUCAAAGGGCACUGGAGUUAGACCCUCAAAAUGACGGGGUUUAUGUUCUGCUAUCGAACAUGUAUGCGAGGAAUGGUAUGUGGAAUGAAAUUGAGAUGUUGAGGGAACGGAUAAAAGAGAAGGGAUUAAAGAAAGACAUAGGACAUAGUUUGGUAGAUAUCACUAGAUGAGAUAAAGGCAAUAGUAGAAAAAUAAGCUACGUUCUUCUUCUCAUGGAUUUGUUUAGUUAAAAGAAAUGGUUUAUGAGGUGUGGCACAAACUGUGAGGGUCCUUGUUGAUUUCCAUUUUGUAUGAUACAUAUCUAAAAUGAUUAGAGUAUACUGAAAGCGCAGUUAUGAUGUUCAAGAUGGCUAAUUUAUGAUUUGGUGCAUACUGUAAGCACAGUUAUGAUGUCCAAGGGGGCUCAUACAUGGGAGUGAUGCUACAAGUCUGCAGCUCAAGUUAGAUUGUUGAAAGACCAUGCUUCAUUGUAGACUUGUUUCUUGAAUGUGCAGCGGCAGAGCAAUUAGGGCAGUAGAAUGCUGAGGAAUAACCUUUUCAAAUCCAAAUAUUCCAGGACAAGGAAACCAAAUAUAUUGAUCAAAUUGACAUUAAGCUAAACAAGGAACUUCUACGGCAGAAGAGUGCCUCUUCCAUCUCAAGAAAGAGCUACCUGAGAGAAAUCUCAGUUUUCAUUGAAGCUCUUAUUUUUUCUGUUGGACUUGAGGUGUGACGAACCAAAUUCUUAUAUGUGAAGUGACAAUGGAGAGAGAGGGCUGGGACAUGACUUUGAAAUGCUUGGGCUUAAUGAGCAAUGUAAGGAGAGUUCUACUGGCAAAGAAACAUGAUGGCAGAGAGAUAGGAGGAAUAAUAGGGAGAUAAAAGAAGAAACUCUGGCAAUCCAAUGUAACAUCUGUUGGACAUGAUAGUAACUAGUGCUGCUUGAAGCACACCAAGAUAACAAGAACUAGCUCAUCUGGAAGAGUAACCAUAAUCCUUUGAAUCAAAAUGAAAUGGGUCCUAACAGCAGAUCCAUUGACUAAUAAUGGACAGAUGAGCUAUAUGAAAGGAAGACAAAAUCAUAUACUAAAUAUGCUUGCUGCCUCAGGCGAAGGAUGAAUUUAUUGUUUGUUUUUGUCAUCAUUGUGCAUUGAUAUUCAUUUGCUAAAUUGUGGAGGACUGAAGUAUUGCAAUAGUCGUUGGAAGUUAGAGAACUUUCAGAACAAUAACAAUAGCGAAGUUGUGGAACCUGAUAGUUAUGUAUGUGUAAGGUGAUCCUCAUGGUUCAGCUGGACAUGUUCGACUUUCAUGGUAUAACAAGAAAUAAGCUGGGUUGGAUCUUCUAAGGCAUGUAUGGAGAUGGAAUAUGAGCUUUGCUGUUCAAAGAUAUCCAGAUAUCUCCAACUGUACCACCAUUAACAACUAAUGCAUAAUUCAUCCAAAUUAAAAUUGUAGCUUAACAGUUUUUCACUGUGAAAUUCUUUUAUCAAUUUAUUGUAAUGAAGAAAAGAUAUGGUUUAUUCAGUGCUGGAGUUGCAAUUUCAUAUUGCAAGAUUCAGAAGGUAGUUGAGGAUCAUAGAUGGACAGCAUCUACAUUUUAUACCUGCCUCUAGUUCUGAGUUUAUUAUAACUAGAUGUAAAGUAAUUGUCUUAUUCUGCUGAGCUUUGAUGUAAAAUUUCUUUUUAAUUUUUACUUGAUA